GGGCAAGUUUGCUGCCAUUUAGGGUAGAAGACCCACACGCCCUCAACGUUACAGCAGGACGGAACUAACGCCGACGACUUCUGCGUUCCUCGCACCCUGAGCCCAUUUCUUCGCAUAACUGCGUGUGUGUUGUGGGUUGCAGACACGAGCUACUCCUACCAUCCUGCCAUCCACGACGACACCUUCGUGAGACGCAAGCAGCGCCGCAAUCGGACAACAUUCACACUACAGCAGCUGGAGGAGCUGGAAAGCGCCUUUGCGCAGACACAUUACCCUGACGUGUUCACACGGGAAGACCUCGCCAUGAAGAUCAACCUGACCGAGGCGAGGGUGCAGGUUUGGUUCCAGAACCGGCGAGCCAAGUGGCGGAAGGCAGAGCGCCUCAAGGAGGAGCAGAGGAAGCGGGAAGAACAGGAACGGGGCGGAGCCAUCGCGAAACAGGACUACAAGGACGCGGCGGUGGCGCCCGGCGCCGAGGGCGAGGAAGCGGUCCGCGGCAGCCCCGGGGUGGUGCUCCCGGCGCGAGACCACACCGACACCCCUGUCAGCUGCGCGGACACCGAGCCCGAACAGGAGUUGGAGUCAGAGACCGGAGAUCGAGCGGGGGACGGCCGCGACCCGGACGACACCGCACCCGGCUACAGCCCGAGCGUUUCGGCGCCAGGGUCCCCGUCGCGUCCUUCAGUGGCAGGCGCCACUCCGGUCACAUCGUCCACCUCCUCGACGCCGACUAGCGUCGUGACGGAGCCCUCUAGCGGGCUGCGCCCCUCGACCAGUCUGCCCUCCUACGGCCUCUUCCCCAGCUUCGCAGAGAGUGGUGGAUUCAGGCCGGUGCUGGAGACAGGUGGCGCUCCCCGGGUCACACCGCCGAUCUUCUUCCCAUAA